AAUCAGUCACAUAGAGCCAUUCUUAUCUUAGAAAAAAACUGAUAUCACACGCAUCUUUUCAUCAUCAUCAUCUUCUUCUUGCUCUAUGCAACACCCAAAUCUACAGUGUAUCAUCCUCCCCCACAAGGCUCCAUUUUCUCCUCUUUAAUUAAAGCUCUUUCAUUUACAAAGCUCCCCUUCUCUUCUUUUAAGCUAAAAUCCCCAUUUCCCAAAAGUUAAAGCAAAACAAAUCUCCCCUCUUAGUUCCAUCUUUUUCUUCUUUUCAUUCACUUUCUUUACUUACUGUAUCAAGUUUGAAUCUUCAUUACUACUACUUUUUUGGUAAUAUAAAAUAAAGGGAAUAUAGUAUAAUUUAAAUUUGUUGCUCUUGUUUUUAGUGAAGAAAAUAGAUACUCUGUUUUUUAUAUAUUCUAGAGAGAGAAAGAGUGGUUUGGGAAGCUCUGCUGCUCUAUUGUUUAAUGGAUAAAAGCUGUAAUUCUUCUGGUGAGGGUGAUUCUACUGCUACUUCAGCAAGUAGUAGUAGCAGUAGUAAUAGAGAUAUGUAUUUGAAGCACCUAAACAAAAUCUCUCAUAAGAUCUCCAAACCCAUUAGAAAACCUGCUUAUUUUGAAAACCAGAAUCCUCCACAGGCGCAGACCCAACACGCUCCACCGCCUAUUCCUCCGCCUCCGCCUCCACCAGCUGGGCCGCAAAAUUUGCAGCCUCAGCCGCAGCAACAGCCACCGGUGUAUAAUAUUAACAAGAGUGAUUUCAGGGAUGUUGUUCAGAAGCUUACCGGUUCCCCUGCUCAUGAAAGGAUUUCGACUCCUCCGCCUAUACAACAACCCAAGGCUGCAAGUUCACGGUUGCAGAGGAUCCGUCCUCCGCCACUUGCUCAGAUUAGCAACCGCCCACCUCCGUUUGUGAAUGUUUCUAAUAACGCCGUUGCUGGUGGUGGUGGUGGGUUUGUUGGCGGUCAACGGCCUGUUCAGGCACAGCCGUUAUCUCCUCUCCCACCGUUUCCGGCGGUGCAUGCGUCGGCGGAAUCGCCGAUCUCCGCUUACAUGAGGUUUCUACAGAGCUCAAUUGGUUCUGCUUCGACUGAUUCCGAUAGCAAGCGAUUCUCUACUGGGCUAUCACCACUAGCUCCGCGGUGGAACAACUUUGGUGCGCCGCAGCAGCAACCACCAUUUCCGCCUCCUCAGACGCUUCCGCUGCCGCAUCAACAGAACAUUCCUCCGCCACCAACAAACUCCUCCUUUGUUUUACCACCGUUUCCAGCUUUUCCCUCAUCGCCACUGCCAUUUGGGUGUUUGCCGUCACCAAGGUCGCCGUACGGCUUGCUGUCUCCCGGUCUUCUGCUUUCACCGUCCCGUCAACUAGGGUUUCAGCAGCUCCCUUUGUCGCCGACACUUCCAGUGGCAAGCCCCAAGUGGAAGGGUAUUUGAGGAAUUUCAUAGAAACAUAAAAAAAAAAAACAUUCUUUCCCAGUGACAUCGUGGUAUUCAAGCAGCUCGUGCUAAUCAGGACUUUAUCAAAUGUAUCUCUUUCCAUUGCCAAAGUGUAUGCAAAUACUUGUUUAUCCAAGUCUACAAUACGGAGACACCUAAAGUUGAGAUGAUUUUUUCGCUUAGAUAUCUCAAUUAAGGCGAGGAGAGCAGGGGAGUGGUUAGCGAACUCAUUCACGUAAAGAUUAUCUCUGGUUGGUUUCUGAGUUGUGUUUAUUGGUUCCAUGCUACUCUCCCUUCCAGCCUUCUUCUUGCGGAUUGUGAAGUGUAAUGGUGUAUUCAUUUUAAAAUGUCUGUUGUAGUAUAUGAACGUUGUUUAAUUGUAAAGAUAAAGUUGAAGUAGGAGAGUGACGUGGAGAGAUUGAGUAAUUCUUUUGGUUGAUGAUUUCAUUAUGAAAAGAGCAGAAUAUGUGGACCUGUGUGUUUCUA